UUAAGUUGAUGAGAUUAAUUGUUGAUGUUGGUGGAGAAGCUUUAAGAAUAACAUUGAGGAAACAACUGUCAGCGAUGAUCGCAAUUUAGAGGAUAUUAAAUUUUUGAUUGAAAAAAGAAUUGGCUCUACUGGCAGCCUAUCUGAUGUUAAAAACAGUUUGGCAGAAAAAGCUGACGGACUUAUGUUGCUUGCAUCACUUCUUAGCAGUGAAGUCAAAAAUCAGGAUUUGUUGAAAGGUCCCAUACCAAAAGAUCUCAGUGAUUAUUACGAAAUUUGCUUAACAAGAUUAAGUAAGGAAUUAGAUUCGUUUCAUAUUAGUAACGAAAAGUUUCAGUCAAUUUUAAAUGCUCUGGCUGUUGCUAAAGAACCUCUUCCUUGGAAAAUGAUCGAUGACGUUCUUUGUUUGAAUUCGAGUCGCGAAUCACUUGGGGUUAGAAAAAUUAUCUCUUGCCUGUUUGUUAGCAACAAAGAAGGAUGUGUUUCGUUUUUUCACAAAUCUUUAAAUGAUUGGUUGUUGGAUGAUCGAAAACAUGAUUACUCAGUAAAAACUUCUUAUGGUCAUCGACUUGUUUUAGAAUUUUGUUUAAAAACUUUGGAUAAUCUCAAAGCUGUAGGUGUAAACUAUGACGUCAUUAAAUAUGCGUCAGUGAGGUAUUCAGUCAAGUAUUGGUUGCUUCAUUUACUUGCUAUUUCUGAUAAUGAAUUUAUGGUUGAAAAUGUUGGUAAAUAUCUUGUUGACUUAGAAGUUUUAGUUGCUUCUGUGUUGGUUGAUCGUUCUCGUACUUUUGAAAAUUUUAAAUUAUUCAACGCACAUGAUGUGUACUUUCUUAUUUCUGAGGACAUUCGAUUUUUAUUUAAUGAAGUUUAUUCUGUAAUGACAAUCUUUGACGAUGAAGAAGAUUUUUUGCAAUACGUUGCCAACGAAGUCAAUGAUCUGUCGUCUCAAGCCACCACAAUGCUUCAAACACGUUUCAAAGGCUCACCAUAUCUAGAGUACAGAGACACGAGUUCUGUAAAAGUUCGAUUAUUACUUUUGAAUCAAUAUUUGAAGUCUCUUGAUGUUUCACGAAAUCAUGAUUACGUCGUCUGUGGUUAUGAAGAAUUCAUCGUGCAACUUUUUUCAUUGAGAACAAACAGAUGUUUAUGGAUAAAAAAUAUUGCUGGUCAGUUUAAGCAAUACAACGAGAAAGACUUUUGCGUUGUCUUUCAUCCAUUCAAGGAUUUCAUUUUUGCCUCCCAGCUUGAUAAGAUAUUAGAUAUUAAUGGUAAAAUUUCCUCCAGUCCGUUCCAUUGUGAUGAUUCCACUUCUAAGUUCUUUACUAACAAAUGUUUUUCUAAGGAUAAGUACACAAUGGUCACUAGUUACGAAGAUACUUUGACAGUAUGGGAUGUUGAGAAAGGUGACAAGAAACGCAGUAUUAGAUGUAAUAAUGUGACCUUACUGUGUUUUUCUAAUUCUGGAAGAUAUUUGUGCGUUAUUGUGGAAGGAAUAGCGUGUAAAGUAUUUGAUGUAGCGAAUAAUUAUGAAACGAUCGAUCAUUUACUGUCUGGUAAAUUAGAUGAGGAUGAUAAUUUGUUCACUGUUGGUCUUCAUUCCUGGUGUUGUUGCGAUACUUUUUAUACGAAUAAACGUUUCAUUGUAAAUCCCACUGGUGAGAAACUUCCUGACUUUGAUCCUGUUUUCCAAACUUCGUUUUUUCCUCUUGAUCCUUUCGAUGAGAACAGAUCAAGCUUUUCCUUUAGUGGAGAAGAAAAGUAUUACUUUAUUUUGAAUAACGACAAUGUUCUUUUGUUUGAAUACGGAUAUGACUUUUAUCUUUAUUCAAUACCGCGUGCAUAUUUAACUAACAGUUACUGUUUUCGUAACGAGAAAUUUUGCUCAAAUGGACAAUUGCUGUAUCGGAGCAAUGAAGAAAAUUCAAGGAUAAUUAUAUACAAUCUCAACACAUUUGACUUUGUUGUCAAGGAAUGUUUUGUUGGUGACAUGGUUGCUGUAGAAAAUGGAGUUAUUUCGCUUACGGCAAAAAAUACUCCUGAGCUUUGGAAUAAUGAUUUGACAAAACUUGUUUAUAGUUUCGAUGAACUUAAAGGUACAAACAAAAUUUUUGAGGUGAGUGAUGUAUCAUUUGCUUGUAAAAAAACUGAUUCUUUUGUGUUUUUCAAUGUUGAAAACAAGCAAAAAGAAAUAUCAGUAAAUUUUGAAAAUUAUCGAAAUGUGCACGUAUUUGCAUGUAGCUCUAAGUAUCACGUGUUUGCUAAAGUUGAAUUUAAGGGUCAGAUAAUUUACUGUAUGUGGCAUGAAGAAAAACUUGUUAAUUGUUGGGAUGACGUAAUUAAAGAGGACUUAAUCACCGACAAAGUCAUUGGAAACUUCCGGCGUGAUGUUACUCCCUAUAUAACUUACGCUGCUUUUUCGCCUUCAGCAGAUAAAUUAUUAAUAAGUGACAUGCGCAGGUAUGUGAAAGUAUUUGAUGUUAAAAACAUACAAAUUAUUUAUAGAUAUACUGGGGGUUUUUCUGAUUCAAAGUUUUUCUUUGUUGAUGAUAGGUAUAUAUUUAACAAAGACUUAUAUUUAAUUGAUUUGAAAUAUUUUAAAAAUGAAGGUUAUUUUCUCGCAUUGUUAAGUAUAUUUUCAAGAACUUUUUAUUACUGUCGUAAACGCAAACUUGCUUUAUUUUUUUCUUCCUCAAAGGUCCCGGUACAAUGCUUUAAAAUCAUCUUGCCACGAGAAUAAAUUUGGUCUUUAAUGAUAAAAUUUCUCACCAUUUUGGAUAAUGACUAUAUUAUCUU